AGUGAAAAAAAAAACAGUGAAUGCCAGAGAGAUCUGUAAGGUUCAAUUUGGACUAACAGUUGUAAAAAACUACAACAUCCAGAAUGCAUUGCGUCCAGUCAGGUUUGUUUAUAGCAUUUCCUUUGUGUGUGUUUGCAAUUAUUGAUCUAUGUGGUGACGGUCAGACAGUAAAAUCAUCGGUUCACCAAGGGGAACGACUGAAGAUGGAUUCCUCUGAAGAGUCGAAGCCUCUGUUAGCUGCAGUAGACGGUUCGGUGAACUUGCUGGAUUCCCAAAACGAUUGGGAAGAACAGAACUACCUCGACAAGGUGCAGAACGGGAAGCUGUACCUGGCCACCUUUGCCGCUGUCCUGGGGCCUCUUAGUUUUGGGUUUGUCCUGGGAUACAGCUCCCCAGCCAUCCCUGACCUGCAGAGAAUCAGCGACCCCGAUCUGAGACUGGGGAACGAAGAGGCCUCCUGGUUUGGGUCGGUUGUCACUCUCGGGGCUGCCCUGGGAGGCGUAGUCGGGGGCUGGGUGGUGGAUAAGAUCGGCCAAAAGCUGAGCUUGAUGAUGUGUUCCAUCCCCUUCGUGGUCGGCUUCACCAUCAUCAUCUCCGCACAGAGCAUCUGGAUGCUGUAUUUGGGGCGCGUGCUGACCGGGCUGGCGAGCGGCAUGACCUCCCUCAUCGUGCCUCUGUAUAUUGCGGAGACGGCUCAUACCCGGGUUCGAGGGAUGCUGGGGUCAUGUGUGCAGCUCAUGGUGGUGACGGGCAUAAUGGGGGCGUACAUAGCAGGUCUGGUUCUGGACUGGCUGGCAGUGCUGUGGUUCCAGAUCUGGUUCAGUAGUGGUGCUGGCUGGCAGUGCUGUGGUUCCAGGUCUGGUUCAGUAGUGGUGCUGGCUGGCUGGCAGUGCUGUGGUUCCAGGUCUGGUUCAGUAGUGGUGCUGGCUGGCUGGCUGGCAGUGCUGUUGGUUCUCACCCUCGGCGUGUGUCUUGGUUUCCUGUCCCCAGGUCUGGUUCUGGACUGGCGCUGGCUGGCGGUGGUCUGCUCCGUGCCCCCCGCUCUCAUGCUGGUGCUCAUGUGUUUCAUGCCAGAGACCCCCAGAUACUUGCUGACACAGAACCGGCGCGCGGAGGCGUGUGCGGCCCUGCGCUUCCUCAGGGGCCCCGACGUGGACCACGAGUGGGAGUGCAGGCAGAUCGAGGACAGCUCUGCGGAGCGGGGAAGCAGACUCCAAUUACAAGACCUGCAGAAGCCCGCAAUCUACAAGCCCUUCAUUAUCGGGGUCCUGAUGAUGUUUCUACAGCAGAUGACUGGAAUCAAUGCCAUAAUGUUUUACGCCCAGACUAUCUUUGAAGAAGCAAACUUUAAGAACAGCAUUGUGGCUACAGCCAUCGUAGCUGCUGUUCAGGUGGUCUUCACGGCCGUGGCAGCGCUGAUCAUGGACAGGGCUGGGAGGAAAGUCUUGCUCAUUGUAUCAGGGGUCACCAUGGCGAUCAGUACAGGAGUCUUCGGAGUCUACUUUAAACUCAUUGCUGCAGACCCCGGCAACUCCUCUAUCCACGGUCUUCAUCUCUUUGCCACCCAGAGUCCUGGUGGCCCGAUAGAGGGAGCCCUUGUCUGGCUUGCCCUGGGCAGUAUGGGCAUGUUUAUAGCAGGUUUUGCACUGGGGUGGGGUCCCAUCCCUUGGCUGGUGAUGUCAGAGAUCUUCCCCGCUAAAGCCAGAGGCUUCGCCAGCGGGGCGUGUGUGCUGACCAACUGGGGCUCUGCCUUCAUCAUCACCAAGGAGUUUCAUGAUCUCCUGAAUCUCCUUACUAAUUCCGGAACCUUCUGGCUGUUCUCUGGGUUCUGUGUUCUAAGCGUCCUCUUCACCGCGUUCUUUGUUCCUGAAACGAAGGGGAGAUCUCUGGAACAAAUCGAGGAGCGCUUCAGAGGUUCCUCCUAGCUCUGGGGUCGCACACACGGGCCAGCAUUACUGACAGGACAAUGCACUCCUACCCCUGUGUGCACAGUGAAGGAGACCUUUACCACAGCUGCUGAACAGGGUGUGCAAACCAGUAGUGGGAGGAGCUGGCACUGCUGAACUCGGAGACGAAGGUGCUAACCGAAGCGCUGGUCUGCUUCACAAAGGGGUGGGUGUGAUUCUAGAGCGUUUUACUGCAGGUGGAUCCAGCAGACCCCCACAGUCCUUUCUGCUCUUUCCACUGGAAUUGAUCAGUGAGUGUUUUGAAGCUGCGGACGGAAGCAUGCAGGAUGAGAUCGGUCUGCACUGCAGGUCUCGGCAGCGCAAGCUUUCUGUCAGCUUUGAGUAGCAGAAACACCACAGCGUUUCACCACAGGGACUUCACUCUAUGGAUCUGGGGAACUGCUUCAGCGUAACAAAGCUUCUGACUUUGCACAGCACUGAAUCAUGGUUUUA